AUGUGUGAGAGACUUGGGCUUGGCUCGCGUCUUGUAACCGCGUCGAUGCGCUUGACGCUGGAGCUGCUGCUUGCGCUGAUCUUCUCCAUCACUGCGUCGCUGGGUGUAACAAUCGUACUGGGUGCCGUAGAGGGCUCGAAGUUAUCAGUUACGGGGAGAUCUUUCGUGCUGAUGCAGGUGAUCUUGGGAUUCUCUGUGCGGCGGUAUACUUCUGUGGCUCGGUUUCGUUCUCAUGCUUAA